AGUACCUGUGAUGUAGUGCAUUGUUUUUAAAAAUGGCGGCGAAAUUGUUGUGUUUAAGUACUUUUUGGCUGAGAGUUUGGCUGUGCGCGACUGAUUUGUGUUAUGCACAGUCAACCGGUCUUACCUUCCAAGACCUGCUGCCAGAUGACCCUCGAUUAUAUGACAAGAUGAGACCACCCAAGAAGAACGACCAACCCACCAUAGUGUUCUUUCAUGUCACAGUUAUGGGACUUGACUCCAUCGAUGAAAACUCUAUGACAUACGCGGCCGAUAUUUUCUUCGCACAAACUUGGAAGGACUUCAGACUGAAACUGCCAGAAAAUAUGACUUCUGAAUACAGACUCCUAGAAGUGGAUUGGUUGAAACACAUGUGGCGUCCAGAUUCCUUCUUCAAGAACGCCAAGUCUGUCACCUUCCAAACUAUGACCAUACCAAAUCACUACGUGUGGUUAUAUAAGGAUAAAACUAUACUAUACAUGGUGAAGCUGACGCUCCGGCUGUCGUGCGCCAUGAAUUUCCUCAUCUACCCUCACGAUACUCAAGAAUGCAAGCUGCAGAUGGAGAGCCUGUCCCACACGACAGACGACCUCAUAUUCCAGUGGGACCCUGAUGUCCCUCUGGUUGUGGAUGAGAACAUCGAGUUACCGCAACUGGAGAUCGUCCACAACCGUACUGCAGACUGCACUCAAGUCUAUUCUACUGGUAAUUUCACAUGUCUGGAAGUAAUAUUUAAACUGAAACGCCGGCUGGGGUACCACUUGUUCAACACUUACAUACCUACCUGCCUCAUCGUCAUCAUGUCGUGGGUAUCGUUCUGGAUAAAGCCCGACGCUGCGCCGGCGCGCGUGACGCUCGGCGUGACGUCACUCCUCACUCUGUCAACACAACACGCCAAGUCGCAAGCGCAACUACCACCGGUGUCGUAUCUAAAAGCCGUGGACGCAUUUAUGUCUGUCUGUACUGUGUUCGUGUUUAUGGCGCUGAUGGAGUACUGUCUUGUGAACAUUGUGCUCGGAGACGGCGCAGGAAAACCAAAGGAGCCAGCAGAGGCCGCCAAAGCGCGCAUGCGUGCCAUCAACAUAGACCGCUUCUCACGCGUCUUCUUUCCACUUCUCUUCUCAGUUCUCAACGCUACUUAUUGGAUCCACUUCGCUCAGUACAUCUGACUGCCUAACUAUGAUUUCUUUAAUAUAUUUGUCAUGUUGUUAUAGUGUAAUUCACGUUAUGUUACGUAAAAACGCUAAAGAAAAGACUUCAAAUAUAAUCUAUCGUCAACCCGGGUGACUUAAGAAAAAUUUGGGGUUACUUUGAUGACUUUGAACGGCUUUAAAAUUAACAUUAUUCAUUAUUUACUGAAACUGUUCAUGUUAGUUAGAUCAAUAAAUUAAUAUUCUUGGAAAUCGACCAUAGAAAAUCGCAAAUUUACUUACAGUAAGUAUGACUAAAA